CAAAAACAAAACUUGACAAUCGAGCUGUCACGGUGUCACGAAAGAAAAACAAAACCCACUUGUGGCUUGUGGCAUGCGUGUCUGGACUGUCUGUGCAUUGUCAUUUGUUUGCUGUAAUGUGGGUUGCGGAUGCCGGGUAUUGUUACAAUUUUUUUCAAUUUAUGUAAAAUGUAAUUAAUUGUAAAAUUGUUUCUAGUUUCCGCUAUAAAGUUCUUAGUUGGCAUACCUAGCGAGUAAAAUUAUCCAAACAUGUAAAAAAUUAGUGCCAAGUUUUGUUAAAAAACCAAAAUGAACGACUUAACAUUAUUCUUUGCGUGUAUUUGUAUCAUACAACCUGGGCUUUCUGGAGUGAAUCUCAAUGAAACAAACAUUUGGGGCCCUGGUUUGAAGCCUGAUAAAAUAGUAAUGCCAGCAAGAUAUUUUUUCAUUCAGUUAGCCUGCACUGAACGUGAUCAAUGCAUUUCAAAUUCUGCUCAAGAGAACUUAGAGGUAAAAAUUGAUGGUUUAACUGAACAAGGAACUCCUUGUCGCAGUUGGAUCAAUAUACUUAAUAGGAAAGAUGGUUUUUAUAUAGUACGCUAUAAAAUAUAUGUGAUGUGCAUAGAUGUGAAGAUAUCAGUUUAUUAUAAAGGAGAGCAUGUGGGUUCUUCACCCUACAUUUCCAAAGAUAUUGUUUUUAAUGAUGAAUGCAGAUGUCCAAGAGAUAGUUUAGAAAAUAUCAUAAAGACCUGGGAGUGUGGUAGUACUCCAUUAUUAAUAAGGAAGAAGCUGAAUCACUUCCCUAAGAUUGACUGGACACAGCUGAGGCCUGAGGUCAUCAAGACAUUUGAUAAGCCUCUCUCAGUGAGCCUCUGUCACUAUAUUAUAAAAGAUAAUAGAGUCCAUAGAAAAUGCUAUGGCAAAUAUGUUGGAUUCAAUAUGUUUAUGGAUGCCAUAUUCCUGUCUUUAACUCGGAAAACGAAGUUGCCUGAUCUAGAAAUAUUUGUGAAUCUUGGUGAUUGGCCAUUAGCUGUUCAUAAUAUGCCAGAGAAAUACCCCAUUAUGUCAUGGUGUAGCAGUAAUGAUAGUUAUGAUAUUGUGAUGCCAACAUAUGAUCUCACAGAAUCUACACUUGAAAAUAUGGGCAGGGUUACACUAGACGUCUUCUCUGUGCAAGGCAACACCAAGUAUUUGUUCGAAAAGCGUAUUCCAAAAUUGUUUUGGAGAGGAAGAGACUCGAAUAAACAUCGCCUGAAUCUUAUCAAGCUCUCUAGAGAAAAUCCUGAUCUCAUCAAUGCCUCAUUGACUAACUUCUUUUUCUAUAGAGAUAAACAGGAGGAAUAUGGACCAAAGGCCGAUUACGUGUCAUUUUUUGAGUUUUUCGAUAUCCAUAAUGCACGAUCUCUUACCGUUCGGGAAACCGCAUUUCUGAACGGCUGAUGGGAGAGUCGCUCUUUGAAUCAUUUUCGGCAGAAAAAGUGCGGAAGUUCCACUGUCGUCCAUCACACGAUCUAUAAAGACUUUGUGAUGGAACGUUUAAUGAUAUGAAGAACCCAGGACAGUGAUGGGUGCAUUCUCAUAAACUUGUGUAACAUACGUCAGAAUUGGAUCAUUCCUCAGGAAAAGAACCACGCCCACUUUCCCUCAUUAAUUCUAUUUCAUCGUUUUCAAGAGUAGAGCGCCUGCUAAACUCAGGGCCUUGAGGCGCUUUUUUCAAUUUCCAUCAACUAGCGAGUCCUUUUUAUCAACAUAUCGUUUUUCACAGUACAAAUACCAACUGGCGAUAGAUGGAACCGUAGCACCGUACCGGAUGCCAUACCUUCUAGCAGGUGGAUCUCUCGUUUUCAAGACCGACUCAAAAUACUACGAGCAUUUCUACACCGCCUUAGAACCGAAUCACCAUUAUGUUCCAGUGAAAGCCGAUCUCAGCGACCUCGUUCAUAAACUCAAAUGGGCGAUUAACAAUGAGCAAGAAGCAAAAAGAAUUGCCGAGAAUGGGCAGAAGUUUGUCAACGACAACUUGACACCUAAACAUGUGUUUUGUUACUACAUGCACCUUUUUAACGAAUUUGCCAGGAAGACUGUCAGUCAGGUUCAAGUUGUUGAUGAUAUGGAAAUUGUGAACCAGACUGAGGCUAUACAUCAACAAUGUGAUUGUGGUAUGAAUACAGAUAAAAUGAGAAAACUGAUUGAGGUUCAUAAGAAGCAUCAAUAUUACGUCCAUGAAGUGGAAGAGCUGUAGAACGGUAGUUUUUUUAGGUUUUUAAUAGCACAAUAUAUUUUUAUGAAAAGAGGUGGUUAAUCUCAAUGCAAUUUUAUAAUGACCUAGGGGUGAUUACCUCUGUAUUUGUAUAUUAAUCCGAAUGGCACAUUUUUAUGAUCUUUAUAUGUAUAUUUUGUGGCCAGUGUUCAAUAUACUUUUAUUACGUUCGAUAAUAUCUUUGUGUUUACUGUAAUCAUUACAUGGCUCUUGUCAGUAAAUUUGACCCGCGUCAAAGGACGUUACAACGUGAGAAGCAUGGUUCGUUACGCUAUCACACGAGAUGUCAUGUGUUUGAUGGUUUUAAGUUAGAACCAGUAGCGGCGAAAAACAUUAUUUACUUGUUUGCUGUGAUUGUGGUUAAUAGAGGUAUUUUGAUUUGAAUACCUACCUGUUCAUAAUAAUGUAUGUUCCGUAACUAACUUUUGAGGAGAAAUUAAUUAAAUUAGUAAACAUACAAAGCAUAGGCUGUCAUAACAACACUUUUUUCAUAUCGCUAAUAUUUUGUACAUUUCGCAGGUAAGUUAUGGCUGGCCUAAGGAUAUGCAUUUUAGU